AGUAACUUUUGACAAAAUAUGCAUAUGUUAUUGUAACUGUAUAUUGUAUAUUGUACAUUCUCUAGUUUUAAAUGUAUGCUUAAUAUAAUGUGUUGUCUUUGUAAGCCUACAAAUAAGAGGUCAGAUUUUGAAAGAUUUGUUUCUUUGUUUGUUUUUACCCCCAUAGAUGCUACCUCACAGACAUUUAAUUAUCAUCUAAUCCUUGAGACUAAGACCUGGUAUGAAGCUCAGCGUUACUGUAGACAGAGAUACACUGACCUGGUCAGCAUCAGAGAUCAGCAGCACAAUGAAGAGGUGAGGAUUAAAGGGUUAAACAGCAUCACACCCUUCUGGAUCGGCCUGCUGUGUGAUGACUGGCAGUGGAUUGAUAGAGGAAUCUCUGCCUACAUAAACUGGGAUAGCAAUCAAACUCUACCACAAGGCAACUGUGUAGCAGUGAUAGGAGGGAGAUGGUACUCAGUCCCGUGCAGUAAUAAUUACUCUGCUUUGUGCUACUACAAUUACAUCCAUGUGAGUGAAGAGGCUCUGAGCUGGGAGAAAGCGCUGGAUUACUGUGAUAAAGAAAACAGAGCUGGAAUUCUGAUCAUCGAUUCUCAAGCUGAACAGGAACAGUUAGAGUCUCAGCUCAUGAGGAGAGGUGUACCUCCAGGGUCUCUGUGGGUGGGGCUUGGACCAAACCGUCUCUCUGAGCUGAAAGUGUCCUCUGGUCCGCUGACCUGCGAGGACAUACAGAGACAGAGCGAAGCUGACACACACACUGCAGGAGCAGCACCAGAUUAUGUGAUGGACUCCACUGAACUUCGAGUCGUGUGUAAACUGAAGUAAAACAUUUUCCUUGAUACUGGAAGAACAGAGCACUGCACAGUUUAGAGUUUUCCAGCACAAACUCACCUGAACACUUCAUUAUGCAUUUGUUCUCUAGGUGAUGAGCUGAAUCACAGAGCAGGAAAAAGCAUAAAGUGAGCAGGAAGUGUUCACACACUCAGAGCUUCACACAUCAAUUGGCCGUCACAAGAAUAUUUAGAAUAUAUAUUUCAUGCUGAUAAUGUUUCCCUAAAUUCUUGUUCAAGAAAAAAAUAUUAUACUUUCUUUUCUUUUAUCAUAUCAAGAAUAAGAAACUGUCAUUUUACUCUUUUUCAUGAUAACUUUUGUGUUGUAUUUUCUUCAUUUACAGCAGUUGAGUUUAGU